AUGACUCUUUCAGACGCCACCGGGCUUGUAUCUGCCUCGAUCAACCUCGACGGGGCUUUUGGUGCCAUUCUGGUCGGGACGUUUCUCGGAUUGAUUCUCUACGGGACCGCUCUUCACCAGAGCUAUCGCUACUGGCGUAUGAAUCCGACCGAAUCCUGCGCUAUCCGACUGAUUGUCAUCACACUCAUUGUUCUUGAAACCAUCCACGCCAUAAUGACCAUGCAUACGUGCUACUACUAUCUGGUCACCCACUACGCUCAGCCUCAAAUUCUCGACCAAAUCGUCUGGUCUCUGGAUCUCCUUUUCUUCAUCGCGAGUCUGAUCGCGUUUACGUCUCAGCUCUUCUUCGCCAAGCGCGUAUCUCUGAUCGGCACCCCGUACUUGUUGGUUACCGCAGUUGUAUGGCUCGUGGAAGUCACUCUGGCGUCAGCGACCGGCGCAGACGUCGUUCUCACCAGCGCGCUGUUGUCCGUGCUCUACAGAGACCCGACAAGCCGGUGCGAGUCGUGGUACAAGAAGGUUGUUGUGUACUUUAUCAAUACCGGACUUCUCAUUCUGCUGUUCGACCUAGUUGGGCUUAUCCUCGCCGCCACGCUACCCAGCGGGAGCCUCGGAGUCUGGAUGGCCGUCAACAUCAUCACCUCCCGCCUCUACACGAACACUCUCCUCAGCGUCCUGAACACCCGCCAGAUAUUCAUGAACCGCACCGUCGACGUCUUCCACACCUCCACCAUCGGCCUCAGCCAGAACGUCUUCGCGCGCGCGGACCGCAUGGCCGCCGUCGAGCGCUGGAACGUCCCGCAGACCGCGCCGCUGACGGUUGCCGCGGCGCCCUUCUCCGCCGCGUUCCCCCGCUCCGCCCAGGUCCCCGUCCAGCCCGGCCCGACUGCGAUCGACAUCAAGGUCACGAAGGACAUCGAGGCCGACGAGUCCGACGUGACCUCCGUGGGCAGCACCCUCGUGCUGGCGGACCGCUGGACGCGGAGGGCGAACCGGAGGUGA